GGGUUGGAGAGAGGAGCCAAAAAUCAGUUUUCCACUUUCAGCAAUUUCAUCACAACUAUCAACCAAAAGAAAGAAGGCAUCGGAAACAGAAAUUCGCCUACGCAACUAGUUAUACCCAACAUCAAAAAUGUGAGAGACCUACCACCUAUUUGCCUCGAUGUACGACAAAAGCAGCGCAUCUCUAUAGAUACACUACCCCAAGAACUGAAAGCACCAAUUCCUCCUGAACCUUCCCUUCCUAUCCGAACCAAAACUGUGAAAGAUUUUCAGGAUGAUGUGGAAAAAGCUAAGUCAUCAGGAGAUUGGAAAGCUGUGCAUGAUUUUUAUUCUACAACAUUUGAUUCUUUCCUGGAGAUAAAUGCUGCAUUUAAGAAAGAUACCAAUUCUCCUUUUAAUACCACUGAAGACUCUGGAAUCAAUGCAAAAUUUGUGAAUGUUGUCUAUGAUGCCUUAUUAAAUACUCCUCAAGAUGUUCAGAAGUCAGUCCUAAAAGGAAUAAUUAAUGGUUUGCUACAAGAAUGGAAAGGGCCACGAACAAAAGAUGAUCUUAGAGCAUACUGUAUACUUUUACAGAAUCCUCAAUUUAGUAACACUUCUACUUAUGUCAUCUAUGCUCACUUGCUAAGACAGAUAGCAGCCUUAACAGAAGCUGACCAUCAUUUCCUAGUGCACUGGUCUAAAAAGAUUUCACAGAGGAGGUUCAAGCCGCUGGUGGACAGGUUACUGCAAUUUAUUUCUUUACGCCUGUUUCCUGCAAAACCUGAAGAGUUUCCACCUAUGGUGAAAUGUACCUGGUGGAUUCCAUCAGCAACCAAAGUCCUGGCUUUAUUUAAUGCUGCCAAUAGUCUGAUCAGCCCUCCUAUUAUCUCAUAUACAGACUUUUAUAAUUCUACACUUGAUCAUAUUGAUCUUAUGGAAGAAUAUCAUAACUGGCAAUGUUAUGGAAAUUCUCACAGGUUUUCUUUCUGUCAAUACCCAUUUAUUAUUUCUAUAGCAGCAAAAAAAGUUAUUAUUCAAAGAGACUCAGAACAGCAGAUGAUAAGUAUUGCACGGCAAAGCCUUGUGGAUAAAGUCUCUCGCAGACAGAAACCUGACAUGAAUAUGUUGUUUCUAAAUGUGAAAGUGAGGAGGACACACCUUGUCAGUGAUUCACUUGAUGAGUUAGCAAGGAAGAGGGCAGAUCUGAAAAAGAAGUUGAAAGUCACAUUUGUGGGGGAAGCUGGUCUUGAUAUGGGUGGCCUGACAAAAGAAUGGUUUCUUCUUCUGAUUCGCCAGAUUUUUCACCCAGAUUAUGGGAUGUUCACCUACCACAAGGACUCAAAUGAUUGUAUAGAAUAUUGUGAUGAAGAUUCUCAAGUGUUCUGUCAAUGUGCAUCAUUUGACCAUUUUAACUACUACUUAAUUCUUAUGGGACUUGCUGUAUAUAAUAGCAUCACCUUGGAUAUUCGUUUCCCACCUUGCUGUUACAAGAAAUUAUUGAGUCCUCCCAUUGUUCCCUGUGAUCAUAACACACUUGUAGGCAUCUCUGACGUCACAUUAGAUGACCUGAUUCAGAUUAUGCCUGAACUGGCCCAUGGACUAAGUGAACUUCUAUCCUAUGAGGGCAAUGUCGAAGAGGAUUUUUACUCAACUUUUCAGGUUUUUCAGGAAGAAUUUGGUGUUAUAAAAUCUUACAACUUAAAGCCAAAUGGAGAUAAAAUUCCAGUCACAAAUCAGAAUAGGAAAGAAUAUGUGCAGCUCUAUGUUGAUUUUCUUCUCAACAAAUCAAUCUACAAACAAUUUGCAGCUUUCUACUAUGGAUUUCAUAGUGUCUGUGCUUCGUAUGCAUUACUGCUGCUUCGUCCAGAAGAGGUUGAAAUUCUUGUCUGUGGCAGUCCUGAACUGGAUAUGUCUGCUUUACAGCGAAGUACCCAAUAUGAGGGCUACCAAAAAACUGAUCUUACUAUACGAUACUUUUGGGAAGUAGUACUUGGAUUUACUCUUGACCUUCAAAAGAAGCUGCUACAUUUUGCUACAGGAAGUGAUAGAGUUCCUGUGGGAGGAAUGGCUGAUUUGAAUUUCAAGAUUUCAAAGAGUGAAACAUCCACUAACUGGUUACCUGUGGCCCAUACCUGCUUCAACCAGCUUUGUCUCCCUCCUUAUAAGAACAAGAAGGAACUGAAGCAAAAGUUGAUCAUUGGAAUUUCAAAUGCAGAAGGUUUUGGUUUAGAAUAAAAUCACAAACUUCAAGAACAGCAUAUUUAUGUAGCAUUCACUCUCUUCUAAUUGUGCCUUUAAGCUUUUUGUUCUUAUGUCUCUUGAUACUGUGUGAGUCUUACUCAACUUAGGUAUUUUUUUUAAUUAAAUAUGAAGUGUAUGUUUUUUCCUGAAUGGCAAUACAUUUACCGCUUGCUUUGUCACAGAAAGUA